UUUUGGUUGAAUUUCUAACGCUACAAUGCAAGUAAAAGACAGUGUUCUACCUUUUCAUCUUUGCUAUUUAAGUACUCUGAUCUAUUCUCUCUGGGAAUUUUCUUUCACCCAAAUUUUUUAUUUUUUUCAUUUCUCUUUCUUUGAUCAAACUCAUAACAUGUGGUGUGGUUUCCAGAGUAGAAGCAAGGGCAAUCUCUGAUUAGUCCAAUUUAGCAGUGAGUAACUGUUGUUUACAAGAAGAGCUACUACAAUGAGUUUGACUGGAACUGUGAAUGAUGCAACUGCUACAGAUUCUCCUUGUGGCUUCCAUGAGACUUAUUGUGGAACUUCAUAUAACAACAGGUCCACUCAUAUUUGCAUCAACUGUGACUUCAGCUAUGAUGAUUCUUUUCUCUCUCUUGAAAGUGAAGAGUCCGAGUGGAUCUCAGAUUCAAAGUCUAAUAAUGGAUUCUCAUCUGAGAACCCUUCAACUCCACUAAGCUCCAAUGGAAUAAUACAGUGUGUCAGAUCAGAAGAUAACAUUUCAGUGGAGCAUCUCUUAGAAAUUGAAGACAUGCAAGAGUUUAGUGCUGAUGGACCACUUUUUUGGCCAUAUGAAGGGAAAUUCAGCUGGAGUUUUGAGGAAUCUGGGAGCCCGUUUUGUAUCUCACCAAGGGAAGGGCUUGUGUUUGGUGGUAGAUCAAUGACACCAAGGAUAAAAGAAAGCAGAAACAAAGUCCAUGAAAGUGUAUGCAGGUUGACAUGUGCACAAAAGAUGAAUGAUGAGAAAGUUGCAUUGAAAGGCACAAAAGAUGACAACAAAGUGUUAUGUCUUGACAGGAAUCUUGCUAAUGAGGAUCAUGAGUCAAAUUAUGACCUUCUAUUGGUUAGAGAAGAUUUUUGUUUGGAUGAAGAAGAGCCUGAGAUUUCAAUUGAGACACUGGUGGGGCUGAAGGAGUUUGAUGGACGUGAAGGGCUUGAUUCAGAGUUUAAUGGUGAUGUGUUCAUGCUAGAGGAAUCUCUUAAUAACUCAUGCACGGGAUUGUAAUUUCUCCAUACAGGGUCAUGAGCAAGCUUGAUCUUAAAUAUCAGAAUGAUAGAGUUACCAUGACUUUUUCAUAAGACCCUACCUACCAUUUUGAAUGGUGAAGCCUCCUACGGUAGACUUUCUCAAAGUACAAUUGAAGAAGCAUAUACCUUAUCCUUUUUUGUACAAUACACAUACCUUAGUGCACUUCACUUAAUACAAUAUUUAAAAAUGUAUCAGUUCAUUUAAUACAAUAUUUAAAACUGAUUACAAAAUUAUAAUUUUUA